AUGUCUUCGGCAAAGCUCACCUUACGUAAUUUGUUUACCCUCUUACCGGCGGCCGCCGUUCGGAUCAUGUCAACAGCUAGUUUAGAAAAAGGCGUUAAGAGAGAGGAAACCAGCGGCGAGACCCGGAUCACGCAAAAGUCAGACAGAGGACCAUCCUCGUCGCAACAGAUGAAGCCGGCCGCUGUCAGAACCAGGUCCGCUCGUCAAGAGCAAUGGAGCAGGUCUACGCCAGAGCCGACCACAAAAUACGACGCCUAUCGCCAAAUCCAAGCCAUCACGGAAAUGAGCAGGGGCAACCGUUCCACCGCGACGCCACUCAGCAGAGGUUUAAGGUGUGUGUUCGUUGAGAAAAUUCCAUGUCUCGUCUACUUUUCAGGAUCACUGGUACCGGACAGGUUUGUAAGCGGUGUCGAUGAAGAUCACCAGAUUUUGGCGUUCGUUUAUGACCCGGUUUUGCCCUCGUACAACUUUUUCGUCCCCCUGGAAAGCUGCCUUUCGGGCCUGCGAGGGAGUGUCGUCUUUCGUGUCGCGUUUAACAUUUCGAAAUAA